CCUGAGGGUUCCCUCAGUUUCUGAGGCCAUGUCCCGAAGAGUGCCUUCGCCUUGGGCUUGUCGAUCUUAGGGGCAGGGAUAAGUUCGAGGCCAGUUGUUUGGGGCCGAUGCCGCCAGAGGGCCAGGACGCUGGAGGUCUGGGGGGAGGUGGGAGGGAGGCCCGGCCGUUCCUGGGCCCCACCUGGCCCUCUGGGUGGCUGGCCGACCUCCGGGCGAGACCGGCGACCGCGGGGCGUGGAAGUGGGCGAUCCGCAAGCGCGUGUGGGACUACCUGGAGGAGAACGACCUCGCGGCCAACCCGCGGCCGGUGCACCACAGGCCGGCAGGAAGCAAAAGAAUGGGGGCCCCCCCGAGAGGAUUCUCCCCGCUCCUGGGCGCCCAGGGCCCUUCCUGGGCCCUGAACGACUGGCAACAGGCAGCUCUCGGGAGGAAGGGCUGGGCCCAGUGGAAGCCUCGCGGGGUCCAGGGUCCGCUCCUCCUCCGGGGCCCGCCUCCCUCGUGGUGGGCACCCAGAGAUCCAACGCAAUUAUUGAAAAAAUCAAGACGGAGGUUUUUCGCAGUUUUCGGCCUCUAGGGGCCCUCGCAUGGCCUCAGAGAUCCAACGCAUUGAAAAAAUCAAGACGGAGAUUUUUCGCAGUUUUCGGUCUCUAGGGGCCCUCGCCGGGCCCCAGAGAUCCAACGCAUUGAAAAAAUCAAGACGGAGGUUUUUUCGUGGUUUUCGGCCUCUACGGGCCCUCGCCGGACCCCAGGACCGUCAAACAAAUAUCCAGGAUGAAAAACCAGUCCUGCAGGAACCGGUCAGGACUUCCGGGGUUCCCGCACAUUGAAAAAAUCACGACACCAGAUCUGUGGGCAACAGGAUCCCGAACUUCGUGGGGGCCGAGCUGACCGCCAGGCAGGUGGAGCUGCUUCCGGAGUUUCAGAGGGCCAGGUGGGUGAAGGUGAACCCAGACUCGCCCCAGAAGGAGGUGCGCGCAGCGGUGCUCCGGGCUGGCAAGAUGCUGCUCGUGCCGCAGCCGCGGCUGCGCACGGGCUUCUUCAGCGUCCUGGACCCGGGGAAGAUCGAGCCGAGCAAGCCCAUCGUGUACGCGUGCACCCAGCAGGGCGUGGUGGACUACGGGGAGCCCAUGACCUCGACGCCAAGAUCAAGGUGGAUCUGAUAGUCAUCGGCUCCGUGGCCGUCAGCGCGGCCCACGGUGGCAGGCUCGGCAAGGGCGAGGGCUUCGCGGAGCUGGAGUACGGGAUGCUCCGCGUGAUGGAGGCGAUCGACGACGACACGCCAGUGGUGACAUGCAUCCACGACUGCCAGCUGGUGGACGACAUCCCCGCGGAGCGGAUGCUCUGCCACGACGUGCCCGUCGACAUCAUCUGCACCCCGACGAGGACCAUCCGUGUGGACCGGAAGCUGCCAAAGCCUACUGGCAUCUACUGGGACAAGCUGUCGCCACAGAAGCUCGCCUCGAUCAGGAUCCUCCAGCAGCUCAAGAGGAGGCUCGAGGAGAAGCUCGGCGAGGAGCUGCCCAGCGGCCCCGCAGAGGUGCUCCCGCCCACAGCGCAGCGGACCGGCAAGGGGAAGGGCGCGGGCAAGGGGAAGGGCAAGGGCGAGAAGGGCAAGGGGAAGGGCGAGAAGGGCGAGAAGGGCGAGAAUGGCAAGGGGAAGGGCGACAGGGGCGAGAAGGGCAAGGGCGAGAAGGGCCAGAAGGACAAGGCGAAGGACAGGCCCGCGGCGAGAGGCGGGGGCGGCGACGCUGACUCGGGUGCUGCCGAUCAGCGUCCUCGACCUCGGCGCUGGCAGCCCAAGGUGCGUGACCCCUGACCGACGAGGAGAAGGUUGGCUUCGCAGCCCAGCGUGCAUCGCGUAUGUUAUGUCUUUUUGCUCUCGGGAGCAGUCUUCGUGCGCUUGCACUCCACGACUGGAGCGCAGUCGCACCAGGUCCGAUUGUUGCGCACUGGAUCGCCCAGACGGCCACGCGGAUGACAGUACGCACAGGCUCGGUGGACAAGACAAAACUAUGUGCGGGGCGUUUGGCUGCCGAUGGCCGCGCCCUCCUCCUGGC